GGACAACCUCGAAACGGAAUACAAAGAAUGGGCCAACACAACCCAAAGCAGCAACGGACAAUUAUCAAGAGGGCCCAUAUUCUUUAUCAUGAAAUCACUAUUAGAGGGUACAAAUUACAAUCAACAUCAUUUUGGGUGAACUGUUAGCCGGCAAAGCCAAGGAAUCCGAAUCACGACUACUUUAGAGACCCAAAAAUCCAGGAAACUGCCCGUUUUUUAAUCUUUCUUUCUUUAUUCAUUAUUCCUUAUUUAAAUUGGUGAACCGUUCUUUUCCCUUUUCAAAACGGUUGCAUUCAUAAUUCAUUCACCACAUUAUAAUCAAUCAUCACAAACCCAUGAUUCUCUUCAUCUUCAUGCAAAUUGACGGGAAAAAAUUUCUGGGUUUUUGGUGAAGAAGAUUCUAGAAUGGCCCAUCCGCCGGAAAUGGAAUUCCGGCCGUUUAAUAGGUGGGUUUCAUGGGUGGUGCCGUCGUUUGUGGUGGUGAAUGUGGUGUUGUUUUUUAUAACAAUGUAUGUGAAUGAUUGCCCCAAGUAUUCUUUCUCUUGCUUUGCUAGGUUUUUGGGAAGGUUCUCUUUCCAACCUCUCAAGGAAAAUCCUCUUCUUGGUCCUUCUUCUGCUGCGUUGGAGAAGAUGGGAGCUUUGGAGGUGAAUAAGAUUGUGAUACAACAUCAAGCUUGGCGGUUGAUUACCAGCAUAUGGCUUCAUGCUGGGGUAGUACAUAUCCUUGCAAAUAUGUUGAGCCUUGUAUUUAUUGGCAUACGACUUGAGCAAGAGUUUGGUUUUGUAAAGAUAGGUUUGUUGUAUGUAAUCUCUGGUUUCGGUGCAAACAUAUUGUCAUCUUUGUUUCUCCAAUCUGCAAUCUCUGUUGGUGCUUCUGGUGCAUUAUUUGGUCUUCUAGGGGCUAUGCUCUCUGAGCUGCUUACAAAUUGGACAAUUUAUGCAAACAAGUUGGCAGCUUUGUUGACCCUAAUAUUGAUCAUCAUUUUGAAUCUGGCUGUUGGAGUUCUCCCUCAUGUGGACAAUUUUGCUCAUAUUGGUGGAUUUAUCACAGGGUUUCUUCUUGGAUUUAUGCUUUUGAUUCGCCCGCAAUUUGGAUGGGUGAGCCAAAAGCAUACUUAUGUAGGCUCUUCUGCUGGACCUCGUAAAUCUAAGCACAAGCCAUAUCAGUACGUACUUUGGAUCGUCGCUACUGUAGUCUUGAUUGGCGGAUUUACGGGUGGACUUGUGAUGCUUUUUAGAGGAGCAAAUGGAAACGACUAUUGUUCAUGGUGCCAUUAUUUGAGCUGUAUUCCUUCUUCUAAAUGGAGCUGCAAUUCGCAACAACUGCUUUGUGAGUCGAUGGAGCUCGGAGAUAAAGUGAACGUGACGUGCCUCAGCAAUGGACGAAGCCACGUAUAUCCAUUGGUAGAUGAUAAGUCUUCCCGGGUUCAACGACUUUGCUCUCAGCUUUGCAGUUGACCCUUCUUUAGGCUCUUAUUCUAAGGACUUGGUUGUACUUAUAGCUGCCUUGGCAAGAGAAGGCCUUUGUACAUUGUUAUCAAAUCUUUAAUAUAGGAAAUCAUGCUAUCAUGUCUC